UUGGGGAUGUGAAUACAAUGAGUGUAAACCAGCAAGCUCACGCAGGGCCUCCUUAUGGGCAACCUCAGCCUGGAUAUCAGGGAUACCAGCAGCCUGCCUACGGAGGACAGCCAUUGCCAGGGGUUCCUCAGUCGCAAUAUGGAGCUUACAAUGGUCCAAUGCCAGGAUAUCAACAGCCAGUCCCUCCACAAGGUUACUUUCCUUCCUUGGGGUUCCCUUCGAAGGGCUCUCCGGUAUCUCUCAACUCUGACAGUUCUUCUCUUGCACCUAAUUUCAUAG